AUGAACUGGCCAGUGGGAGCUAAUUGUUAUUUACUAAGAGCUGUUUACACGCAUGGGAAGGAUUGGGAUAUAGUUAGUGACUCGUUGAAAGCACUGUCUCAAACGUUCCUUAAAGAUGAAAAUCUACAGGAUCUUUCUAGGCAGAGUUGCUCUCUUCAGUACAACUAUAUCAUAGCAUCCACACGUCAAAGAAAUCCUGGUGACUUGACAGAAGAUCAACUCCUAAGUAUUUCUCUAGAUCACUACACUACAUUAAGGCGUGAGCAGUUACAUGCUGCUCGACUGGAAAUCUUGCGAGCUAUAAAAAUUGAGGAAGAGGAUGCAGAGAAGUUACAACAGGCUCGGUAUUCUGAAAUCCCCUUAGACCGACUGGAGAUGUAUCGAAAGAGAUGUCGUGCACUAGGAAUACCUGAUAGGAUUGGUCAAAGCUUAAAUUUGGGACCACCGUCUCCUACCGUUGAGGGGAGUGAUGAAACUGUCAAAGAGUUUCCCGUCUCACCAAAACGAUCAGGAACUGAACUUGAAAAUGAAGUUGUUGACAAAGAUGGUGGCAUUUGGUUUCCUGUUCGAACACCUUAUAUCUGUGAUUUGUUUACUGAGAAGCCAGCUGAUGCUUAUCAUGCUUCUGUUGCGAACUUCAUUCGUGCUCAGUCUGUUAUUUCACAAAGACUAGGCCUUGAAGGACAGAAUGAUGAAAUUUCUAGCCUUGAUACUACAUCAUCGGUUCAAACUCACUCAGAGGUUGCAAGUGUCCAUAGUGAAGAUGCCAAAGCGGAAGAAUCCCUCGAACCGUCCGAGCAGCCUUCGGAGUUGGAUAAUAGCUUAAGUACAACGGAGAUACAGACCAACCCUUCCAAGUGUUUAGAAAUUCAAGCUGAACCAGUGACACCAAGUAGCUUAGCAAUUGUAACUGAUUCGGAAACACUAACGUCUCCGCAUUUUACUCAAAGUCUUAAUUCAAGUCCUGCACUGAGCAAUGUAGAGAUCCAUUCGCCAAGUUCACAGAAUGCUAAUCGUAGCCGCAAGCGUGCUAAUGCAAAACGAAAAGCACCAUCAACGGCCCCUACUACUCCUCCUUCUACUACUACUGUUACUGCUCCAGUUGUAAAUCAAAGCCAAGAAUCAGAAUCCACUUCAGCUCUGAGUCCCACAUUAUCAACUAACCCCAAUAAUGAAGAACCUGUAGAGGUAUUCCAAUCAUCAAUUAAUAUUGCUCGUGGAUGGCGAAGGUCUCUUUUAUCAGUACUUUCAACGGUAUACAGUCAUCGUCAUGCUUAUGUGUUCAUGAAUCCUGUGACUGAAGAUAUUGCUCCUGGAUAUGGUACUGUUGUUCAUGAGCCUGUGGAUUUAACUUCUCUCAGGCGUCGUAUGGAGUCCUCUCUAAGUCAUUUGAUUAGCUCUCAACAACCUUCAGCUGUAAAUCCAUCUGUUUCCUCUUAUCAAGUUAUCGUAGAGGUCGCCACACGUUUUAUUCGGGAUCUUUUAUUGAUGUUUGCGAAUGCAAGAAUGUACAAUAGCCAAAAUCAUGAAGUUCAUCGAAUGGCUGGGGAAAUGUAUCGUGAUGUGAUUAGUGAACUUCAACCACCAUGGUCUAUUAUGGCUGAAGAUAUUGCGGGUUUCCCAUCUCUUCCUUCCAUCAAUUCACCUCCUGCACAAACAGCUCGAUCGUCCUUGCAAUCUUCUAUUGUAUCGAAGGCACCAACUGGAAGUCCUGAGCAUUCUGGUCCCAGCGCAUCUAAGGAAGAUGGGCCGGGUGUUAACAAACACUCCUACAGUUUGAAUCUCAGGUCAAACAAACGUCCUCCUUCUGAAAUCGCUUCUCCUAACAGUCCUGCACCUCGCAAACUCCGUCAGUCAUCAGGAAAUGAUUCUAUAGGUGGCAGUAGUAUUGCAACUAGAUCCAAAUAG